UGUAUAAAUUCGCCUUGGUUUUUGUUUUGCUCAUCCCAUUCAAGGCAAAUUGAAUUUCGCCUUGGCCCAUAUUGAAAAAGAAGCCGGCGGAAUGCACGUAUUCCUGAAAAUAGUUUUAUUUGGAUUAUUGAUUUCCUGCGACAACGCAAGUGCCGUUGACCCUAAUGGCUACUUGGCAUACUGCCCAUGCAUGGGCCGCUUUGGUAAUCAAGCCGAUCAUUUCCUAGGCGCCUUGGCCUUUGCAAAGGCUAUUAAUCGCACACUCAUUUUACCGCCAUGGGUGGAAUAUAGGAAAGGCGAAAUACGGUCCACACAAGUACCUUUCGAUACAUAUUUUCAAGUGGAGGCAUUGGGAGAGUUCCAUCGUGUCAUUCUAAUGUCUGAUUUUAUGCAACACUUGGCGCCCACAGUUUGGCCGGCCAGUAAACGUAUCUCCUUUUGCUAUAUGGAAAGAAAAAGUUUGAGUCCCAGUAAAGUUUCCAAAGCAGACUGCCACGCUAAAGAUGGAAAUCCGUUUGGGCCAUUUUGGGAUACCUACAACAUUUCUUUUGUUAGCUCCAAGUUUUAUAGCCCACUCAAUUUCGAUGUACACCACAGUACCAUGGCUUCAAAGUGGCAAGAACAAUUUCCUGCUGCAGAAUGGCCCGUCAUUCCUUUUACCGGUGCACCCGCUAGCUUUCCCGUGCAGUCGGAAAAUAGAGAUUUACACCGGUACCUGCGUUGGUCUAAUACAUAUGAGGAAAUGAAGCGUGCAUUUAUCAAAAACAAACUACCCCGGGGUGCCUUUAUCGGUAUACACCUCCGCAGUGGUAUUGAUUGGGUGCGCGCCUGCGAACAUGUGCGAGAUAGUCAACAACUAUUCGCUUCACCACAAUGUCUAGGAUAUAAUAAUGAACGCGGCUCGCUAUAUUUUGAGCUCUGCUUGCCAUCUAAAGAGCUUAUCAUAAGACAAAUUAAACGUUUGAUUAAAAGCGUAAAGCAAAGUAAUCCCAAAAAUGAAAUACGUUCUAUAUUUGUAGCGGCUGAUGCUAACCACAUGCUAUCGGAACUAAAUACAGCGCUUUCGCGUAUGAAUGUUACCGUCCAUAAAUUGAAUAAUGAUGUCCCACAUUUGGACUUAGCCAUUCUGGGUUCGUCGAAUCAUUUUAUUGGCAACUGCGUUUCGUCAUUUAGUGCAUUUGUUAAGCGAGAGCGGGAUGUUAAAGGUUUACCUUCCUACUUUUGGGCGUAUCCUAAGGAAAAGGAACGUCAGCAUGUACGCGCGCAUGAAGAAUUGUAGAAAAUGCAUUGAUUUAUUUAGCUACAUAUA